AUGAUAGACUUUGGAAGCAACUCUGGCUCCUCCGCCGCACCUGACUCAGCCCGGGCGCACCACGUUCCAGCAAAGAUGAUCCGUGAUGUCAUCAGCCAACUUCUUGGCUCAUUUGUCAUUGGAAAUACUAUAGUUUGUUAUUGUCUAUGUCUGCCUCAAACACCACAUACCACCACAGGCAACCACCACCACUGCUGCCCUCCACCACUUUCACCAUGUCUACCUCCACCACCACCACUUCUACUUCCUCCAACACUUCCAAUUCCACUUCCUCCUCCUCCUCCUCUUCGUCUUCCUCCUACUCCUCCUCUUCGUCUUCCUCCUCCUCCUCCUCCUCCUCCUCCUCCACCACCUCCUCCACCUCCUCAUCGUCCUCCUCCUCCACCACCACCUCAUCCUCCACCACCACCUCAUCCUCCACCACCACCUCCUCCUUAUCCUUAUCCUCCACCAACACCACCACCUCCUCCUCCUUAUCCUCCACAACACCCUCCUCCUCCUCCUCUUCCUCCAACUCCACCACAUCCUACUAUUCCUCCAACUCCACCACAUCCUCCUCCUCUUCCUCCAACUCCACCACAUCCUCCUACUCUUCCUCCAACUCCUCCUACUCCACCUCCUCCACCACCACCUCCUCAUCGUCCUCCUCCACCUCAUCCUCCUCCUCCUCCUCCACCACUGCCUUGUCCUUCACCACCACCACCACCUUGUCCUUCACCACCACCACCACCUUGUCCUUCACCACCACCACCUCAUCCUUCACCACUACCACCACCUCGUCCUUCUCCACCACCACCACCACCACCUUGUCCUUCACCACCACCACCUCAUCCUUCACCACCACCACCACCUCGUCCUUCUCCACCACCACCACCUCGUCCUUCUCCACCACCACCACCUCGUCCUUCUCCACCACCACCACCACGUCCUUCUCCACCACCACCACCACGUCCUUCUCCACCACCACCACCACCUCGUCCUUCUCCACCACCACCACCUCGUCCUUCUCCACCACCACCACCACGUCCUUCUCCACCACCACCACCACGUCCUUCUCCACCACCACCACCUCGUCCUUCUCCACCACCACCACCUCGUCCUUCUCCACCACCACCACCUCGUCCUUCUCCACCACCACCACCUCGUCCUUCUCCACCACCACCACCUCGUCCUUCUCCACCACCACCACCUCGUCCUUCUCCACCACCACCACCUCGUCCUUCUCCACCACCACCACCUCGUCCUUCUCCACCACCACCACCUCGUCCUUCUCCACCACCACCACCUCGUCCUUCUCCACCACCACCACCUCGUCCUUCUCCACCACCACCACCUCGUCCUUCUCCACCACCACCACCUCGUCCUUCUCCACCACCACCACCUCGUCCUUCUCCACCACCACCACCACCUCGUCCUUCACCACCACCACCACCACCUCGUCCUUCACCACCACCACCACCACCACCUCGUCCUUCUCCACCACCACCACCACGUCCUUCUCCACCACCACCACCUCGUCCUUCUCCACCACCACCACCUCGUCCUUCUCCACCACCACCACCUCGUCCUUCUCCACCACCACCACCACCUCGUCCUUCUCCACCACCACCACCACCUCGUCCUUCACCACCACCACCACCACCUCGUCCUUCACCACCACCACCUCGUCCUUCACCACCACCACCUCGUCCUUCACCACCACCACCACCUUGUCCUCCACCUCCACCACCUCCUCUUCCACCACCCCAUCCUCCAUCACCACCACCUCCUCCUCAUCCUCGUCCUUAUCCUCCACAACAACCUUCUCCUACUCUUCCUCCAGCACCACCACCUCCUCCUCCAGUACAAGAAUAA